CAUUCGCAUUUAUCGGUAUUACUAGCGCCACCUUGAUUUUUUGAAGUGAAAACAAAUACACUGCACCAACUUAUCAUGUUUUAACCUCCGAUUAAUGCCCCGAUUCAACCUGAAUCUCCGGACAAACUUGUCGCAACUUGAAUUAUGGCGUCUAUGACGUUUGGUCAAAAAACCUUCACGCCAACGCCUCCGGACAAGGGCAGCUUUCCAUUAGAUCACGAAGGACUCUGCAAAAAGUUAAUGAUCAAGUACAUGACUUGUUUGCACACUCACGAUAACCAGAAUUCCGAGUGUCGCAAGGAAUCGCAAGACUAUCUGGCUUGCCGAAUGGAGAAUAAUUUGAUGGCCAAGGAAGAUUGGUCCAAAUUAGGCUUUUAAUAUGAUUAAUAUACUAAUUUGUUGCACUGGCAGUGUAGCUACAAUAAAACUGCCUAGCCUUGUUCAACAACUUUUAAAACUGAGAAAUUUAAGGUGCUAAUUAUUGCAACAGAACAUUCAACCAAAUUUUUUGAUAAAAAUGAUAUCCCAACUUCUGUUCAAAUCUACAAGGACAAGGAUGAAUGGACUGCAUGGAAUAAAAGGCUGAUCAAUUCUACAUAUUGAUCUAGGAAAAUGGGCUGAUAUUUUACUGAUUGCACCUUUAGAUGCCAAUACCUUAGCUAAAAUUGCAAAUGGAAUAUGUGAUAAUCUUCUUACUAGCACUGUAAGGGCUUGGGAUAUAUCAAAACCUCUUGUGUUUUGCCCCGCAAUGAACACCAAAAUGUAUAUUCAUCCAUUAACUAAGGAACAAAUUGAAAAAUUAUUAAGUUGGGGUUAUCAUUUAAUACCAGUGAUUGAGAAGACUUUGGUUUGUGGAGAUACUGGAGUAGGAGCAAUGGCAGAAGUUGAUACAAUUGUUUCCAGAGUCAGUGAUAUUGUAAAACGAAAUUAAGUAGUUAUUUGUAAAAUAAAUUUAAUAAACUGGGCAGUUUAUGUUUUUCCUUAAAUAAA